UCUCAGACACCCCGCCAAAUUCGCAAGUCAACCUCCUUUCUCCUUUUGCCCCUAGCAUUUUGUUGACUUGUAAUUCUGUUCUCUUGUUCUAUUAUUCUUCAAGAUUGCGAUUCUUGGCUGCCUUUUUUCUUUCUCACCUUUCUUGGUAGAAUCUACAUUAAGCCUAUACGUUUAACAUUUUCUCUUGACCAAUAUUCUGAUCAAAGCAUCCAGAUUUCAUUGAACCUGAAUUAGAUGCUCAUAUGUUGUUUCUACAUUAGUACUACAGCAUAUGUUGCAUCUAAUUGUUGUUACAACGGGAAUGUUGUUCAAGGAUGCUCAAGAAAAUGACACAUAAUAUGUGGUUCAAAGAUGGUUGUAUGCCUGACUGGUUCUUGAUUGAGGUCCUCUGCAGGGUUCCUAUCAAGUCUGUCUUUAGGUUCAAAAGCGUCUCAAAACAAUGGCUUUCUCUGAUCUCUCAUCCAUCUUUUGCUCGUUUCUACAUUUCUCAAGCCUCAGCUUUGCCAGGGCAGUGCCAGCAAUGGGUAUUUCUCUUCAAGAGAAUGCAUGUGGAGGGUUCUACAAUAUCCCACUUUGCUGAUCAGCAUAAUAAGCCACUAGCGAAUAUGUAUUCUUGCAAUCCUACUUCACCAGAUUUUCACAUACUCCCUUUACCAGAUUCUCAGGAAGCGAAGGGGCAAACCUGUUUUAUCAGAGCAAUUCACAAUGGAUUUUUGUUGUAUGGUUGGUUUCAAUAUAAGCCAUAUUUAUACAACCACAUUGUGGAAUAUUACAUUUGUAAUCCUGUUACCAAGCAGUGGUUUGCUCUUCCUGCACCGAAACAUCUCUUCAAACAGGUCAAUGUGGGGUUUGUUACACAAGUUGAGGCAGGAAUAUUAAGAAGUUAUAAAGUUGUUUUAGUUCAUUGUUGUCCUCAGAAACGAGGAUUCCUCGAGUUUGAGAUAUUUUCUUCUGAAUCUGGAAUAUGGGAGGACUUUGUUGUAAAUUCCGGAUGUGCAAUAAGAAUUUCCUGUCACCACAAGCCUAUCUUUUUCGAGGAGAAUCUGCACUGGAGUGAUAGUGAACUUGGAAUUAUAGCCUAUGAUCCUUACAAUAAUCCUAAUGAGUUUCGCAUCAUUGAGUUUCCAACUGAUGCAGACGGGGAAUAUAGCAUGUCAAGAUAUGGUUUCAAUUCUAGUAUGUAUGGUGUUCAUCAAGGAUAUCUGAAGUAUUUUGAAGUUUCUCGUCCACUGCAACAGGGAUUUUCAGACUUCAAAAUAUGGGUUCUUGAGGACUACAACUCUAACAAGUGGUUCCUACAACACACUGUAAGGAAUGAAGAAAUUAUAGUUGAUGAUAGUCUGCAUCUUCGCAUGUUAACUGCCAUACCGGUAGCCUUCCAUCCAUAUGAUGCAGAUAUAGUUUAUCUGGGGUGGAAUAACAAUUUGGUCACAUUCAACAUCCAAACCAGGAGAUUAAAAUCGCUUGGAUUUCCAAACAACCCCAAAGAAAUAUAUCAGAUCUCUGGUGAGGCUUGCUGGUCCUGCUUCUUGUUUGUGCUUCCAAUUUGGCCAGUUCGCAUUCCACUUUCCCUAUCUGCAGGAGCCGAUAGUCUUUAAUUUGUUGUGGUUGAGUCAAGAUGAUCAUUUCAUUAUUGAUGUAAUUAUGCCUUAGAAGUCGAUCAUUAAAUUGUUUAGUUAUGUCCAUUAUAUCUGAACUGUGGAAUAGAAGAUGGAGCAAUCUGCUCUUCUGUUUCAUUGCUCCAUUCUGGUUUUGUUGCUUUGAAUGUGAGUUUGGCAAUUCUGACCACAUGUUAUCAUAUAGUUGCAAGAUCAUUUCUUGAACA